AUGGCAAGUUCAGAUGGGAUUAACCGGAAGAUAUUAAAAGCCAAAAAAACAAUGCCUCCAAGUUGCCGUAAGCAAGUAGAGCUCUUAAAUAAGUCAAAGAAUGUUGAAGCACUGAAAACAGAAACAAAUGGGAAUAAUGAACCAAGUGGUAAUCAGAAUUUAAGUGUUGCUAUCAAUUCAAGCAAAUGUAGACAUUCUAAAAGUGAUGCUUCCUCACUGAACUCAAGCAAAAGUUCUGUAUGCUCACAGAAAAAUAAAGAAUUCUUUCAGAACUUAAUAAAAAUAGGUGACAAAAGUGUGGAUUCAGAAACAAGACUGGAACAUGUUAAUGAUGUAUUUGUGGACCCUUACCAAAAGUCAAGUAAAAGAAUACGUUCAUACAGAAACCUUUUAAUAGAUGAGACAAAAGAGCCAAAAAAUACUUCAGAAAAUACUUCUGUAAGUCAAGAAAAUAUAUCAAGAUCUAAUUUUUAUCUACCCACUGGCAAUUGUAAUGAAAAAUCCACUUACUAUUCAUCAAAUAUUUUGAAUGAUAAAAUUCGAAUACCCAUUACCUUGCAUGCAGAAGGAAGAGGCAAGAUGUCUUAUUUGGAAACUAACUCCAAGUCAGAGUCCCGUGAUCAAAAACAAAAUAACAGAUUAAAUUCAGACUCAUAUAUUGUGCCUGUUGAGAAAACUCCCAGUUUGCUAAAUUCAGUAAGUCCUAGCAAUUAUGCUACUGAUGUUUUGAAAACUAGAGAAUCCAGAAGAACUUGCUCUCCCAGCAUUUCUAAUUGUGGAAGUACAGCAUUAACAUGGCAUUCAUCUCUUGACGUCAAUAGUAAGUGUCAUAAUCAAAGGAAGAAGAUGUCUUCAGAAAAUAAAGAAAAUGUUAAGCGUUUGAAAACUUCUGAGCAAAAUAAUGAAACUAUUAGUGUAGCUCUGGAAAAACAAAGAAUACUGCUGGAACAGGUCAAGCUCUUGAUUCAGCAGGAAAUCUGUGAUAUAAAUUACAGUGUAUUUGAUAGUAAACUGAAGGAACUGAUUGAACGCAUUGGGAAGACACAGUGCAGAACUAGACAUGAAACAAUAGCUGAUGAACUCUUUGCAAAAAUAGCAAAACUUCAAAAACGUAUUAAAACAAUAUUCUACCAAAGCAGUUGUUUGGAAUCAGACGUGUUACCCAGUAAUGUAGCCUAUAAGGCUGAAAAUCGUGAGACUAAGAAUUUGGUUAAGUCUCAAGAGUCAUUUAACAGCUCAAAUGGAAGAAACACUUCUGAGAGCUCUAAUCUUCCCAAGCCUUCAGGAAAAGCAAAUGAAAAGGUUAAUUUGGCCCAAGAUCAUGUUGAUGUGGUUUCUGAAAGUAACGAUGAUGUUAUGUUCAUGUCUAUGGAAAGACCUAAUUUGACAACUUCAGUUACAUCAAAUAAAACAGAUACUAGAAAAAUUAUGUCAAGAAAUUCCAAAGAGGAGCCUGAUAGAGAAAAGGACACUAUGAAGAAGAAACCUGAUUCUGUGAUUGAUUUGACGAAAGAAGGCCCAUUCAAAUGCGAAACAGAAAGUCCAGCCUCCCCUCCGAAGUCUCCUUCUAAAGCUGCUUUAAAUUCAAAAGAGACAACUCCAGUGGCGCAAGCUCCUGUCCGGGUUCCUGAGUCCUUUGAGCACCUUCCACCUCUCCCACAACCACCACCACCCUUCCCCGAGCUGGUGGAUAAAAUUCGAGACACGCUUCCUCCCCAGAAGCCUGAGCUCAAAGUGAAACGAGUGCUGAAGCCCAGGGGCAUUGCCCUGACUUGGAACAUCACCAAAAUCAACCCCAAGUGCGCUCCUGUGGAAAGCUACCACCUCUUCCUCUGCCACGAGACCCCGAAUAAUAAGCUGAUUUGGAAGAAAAUUGGAGAAGUUAAAGCCUUACCACUCCCUAUGGCUUGUACUUUAUCUCAGUUUUUAGCCUCAAACAAGUACUAUUUUACAGUCCAAUCAAAAGACAUUUUUGGGCGUUAUGGACCAUUUUGUGAUAUAAAAUCUAUCCCAGGGUUUUCUGAAAACCUUACCUAA